AUGCUCGACGUUUGGGUCGUACGCGACGCAGAAUCCGUCCGGAUGACCAAAUAUUUCGUCGCCUCCGUCGUCAUCCUCAUUUCCCUGGCCAAUGUUCUCAUGGGCUGUGAGGUGCGGUCAAAAUUUAUUUUUAUAUGAAUUUAAUUUCUAAAAAGACUUCAGUUUAUAUAUUUUGACAAAAUUGAGGAAGCUUGUAAAGUUCUCUAAUUUUUUAAGAAAAAAUUAUUCAAAAAUUUUAUUGCAGCUGGACAUUGACGCGGUCAUGGCAACUUUGAAGAAGCCAGUGGCACCGGCCAUUGGGCUUUUCGCGCAAUUUCUCAUCAUGCCGAUGGUAAGAUUGAGAAAAACAUUGAAUAUAGCCAAAAAAAUCCACCCGUAGAGUGCUUUUUCAAAUGUUUAGAACUAUACGAUUUUUCAAAUUUUUUUCGGCAAAAAAAUUUUUUUAUUUUUAAAAAAAUAGUUUUGAAAGGUAAAAAAAGCAGUAAACUUUUUUUUUGUUGAUAAAUUUAGCAUUUUUUUCAAGCUUGUAUGUUAUCAUUUAAACUGCAAGAAGUGAAGCUACGAAAAUGGGGUUCAACAAUUUUUUCAGAAAUCUUGAAUUUCUCUGAAUUUUAGGGUUUUUGGGCGUUUUAAUUUUAAUUUUUCAAAUGCCUCGAACAGAUUUUUAUUAAUGCAUUAGGAGAUAAUUAUUUUUUUUGUACAAUGGUUAGAAACUUAAUGAAUAUCAUCAUUUUUGAGGCCUAUCCGCAUUAUUUUCAGCUCUCCUUCGUCAUCGCCCAUGCAGUUUUCGUUCCUCGCGGUCUCUAUUCGAUGGCUUUAGGCGUUUUUGUGACAGGAUGUUCACCAGGUCUGCAGAAAUGAACGGAAAUGUAAAAAAAAAGAAUGAAUGGCCACUAGAUUGGGGAUUAUUUCACAUGGCGUUGCAAAAAGUUUAAUUGGGAUGAGUGGGAAGAGGAAGUGGACAAAUUGAAAAAAAAAACGACUGCAGCGUUUUUUUCGUCUUUUAUGAAAACUAGGGGAUCUUUGGUUUGAACUUGUUGAUUAUGAAAAAUAAUCUGACGAAAAUUCUUGAAAAGGUUUUGAAAUUUCAAAAGGAGUCGGCAACGGACAAAAUCAUCAUGUGAAACAAAAAUAAAAUUAUGUUUUCUUUUUUUUCAGGGGGUGGCGCUUCGAAUUUCUGGACUUUGCUGCUGGGCGGCAACCUGAACCUGUCCGUCACGAUGACCUUCAUUUCGACCCUCUUUUCUUUUAGGUUUGAGAAAAUUAAAAAAAUUAAGUAGUUACUUGAGUGAAUAAGAAGCUGCGCCCGACUCGAAACGUUUCGCGUUAGUUGGCCUUUUGCGUAGUUCAUUUCGUGUCAGAUGCAUCGAGUCAUUUUUUAGAGUAAAUUUUUCCCUCUUUUUUUCGAGAAAUUAUAGUUUCAAAAAAAUAUAAUGACCCGGUUCAAAUGAGCUCUAAUGAAUAAUGGAGAUUGGCUCCGAUUUCAAAACGCGUCGCAAGCUCUGGAAUAAGUCGUUGAGAGCCAUUUCAAUAUACAGGUCGCACUGGGCAGGGCUGAACUCGUGGUUGAAAUCAGUCCGACCUCGAAAAGGCUUGCGAGCGCUCUGAUCGUGAGUCAAUCCAAAGGCGACCAGAAUGUUUCAAGUCGUUUAUUUCACCCUCAACUAUGUGAAAAUUUUGUUCGAAACGUUUGUCUUGUAACUGCGCCCGACCUUUAGCGACUUUGGUUAUAUGAAACGGGAUGCCAAGUGCGCAAAUGACUUUUUUUUUCGGACGGAGAGACCUGAAACCGCAGCGCGACUAGAGCCAUUCUGAAUGCGAUCAGAAGAAUAUAUAUUUUCAAAUGGCCUUGAAUGACAGAUAACAACUCUGUAACGACUUCCGUUCUAUGAUACAGCAUGCCACAAAGCGCGAACUCUUUCGCGAUCGCAACGCCUCUAAAGCCAUUCUAAAUGCGACCUGAAGAAUUUGAACCUUUCAAUAAAAGGCUAUUUUCAGUCAUGAUGCCAACCUGGCUUUUCCUGCUCGGAGGACAGUUCCUUCAAGGCUUCUCCACGGCUGGAACUCUCAAAGUUCCUUAUGGUUUGGGUCGAACUCAAUAAAAAAGAGAAAUUUCUAUUUAUAGGGUCUAUCACUCGUUCCUUGGCAUGUUUGGUGGUACCAUUGCUGAUUGGAGUUGCAAUUAAAAAGUUCAAGCCGACCUGGGCUCAAAAGUCGAGAAAGGUAUGGGAACUUAAGUGGGAUCGAAAAAUCUAGAGAAGAACGUCAAGUUCUGUGUCCCUAGAAAUAUCUUUGUUUAGAUAAUUACUAACGCUUACCUGAUUUUUGAAAGUUUUACCAGCUGAAAAAAAUAAAAAGAUGUUUUCAAAAGUUUUUGAAAUUUUUUUGAAAGUUUUUCUCACGAAAAUUAGAUCGAAAGACAGAAAGAUGAAAAACAAAUUGUUUUUUUCAAUCGAGCUCCUAUAUUUUUCUUAUAUUUUUCAGUUUUGAUCCCAGUGGAAUGCAAGAAAAAUUUAUUAGAAUCCUGUUUUUUUCGAUUAGCUGUGGAGCGAAAAUGGGGUUCAAUAUAUUGCCUUCUUUGAUAAUUAGAAAUAAACGAGUGGCUUUUGUUCAAAGUUCGGAAAAAAAGUAAAAGAGACUUAUUUGAAAAAUCAGAAGUUAUUACCAUUUUUUUGCAUGAAAUUCUAUAGAAAUUAAUGUAAAAAAAUAUUGGAAUUUUUUUCUAAAUAUGAAAAGAAAAGGAAAAAAAUCAGAACUUGCUCUAAAUGACGCUCUCAGAGCCUUUAAUGGAUUCUCGAAGAAAAAUAUAUUGGUUUCCACUUUUCUCUGACUUUAUAAUUAUACAAAGUUUGUGUGUGGAAUAUGAUGAAAAAAAAAUGUUUUUUUUUCAAAUAAUUUUCGGAGCAAGCUUCAUAAUUUAAAAUGGUCUCAAAUUGAAUCAUUUCCUUCAAGGUGAUGCGACCAUUUGUCAUUUUCGUCCUCAUUUUCGUGAUCGUCUUCGGAACGGCCACCAACCUCUACAUGUUCAGAACCAUCACCUGGCCUGUCUUGCUCGGGUAUUCCCAAAGAAUUCCAAUAAGAUCUUCAAAAAAAAAAGAAAUUCAGUGGGUUGGCCCUCCCUUGGUGCGGAUUCAUGUUCGGCUGCUUCACGGCUCUGUUGACGAAAAGGUCACCCGAAGACGUGACGGCGAUCGCUGUCGAGACUGGCAUUCAGAAUACCGGCGUCGCGAUUCUGCUCUUGAAGGUGGAGUUUUGGAAAUUUAUUGGUUCGAAAUGAAAAAAAUAAGCUUCUGAUUUAGAAAAUGCCAGCUGAAGCCUUCAAUAGGGUAAGAAAGAACAAAAUUUGGGAAAAUAUUUACUUGAGUGUUAGAAGCUGCAGCUUUCAUGGGAUCCGGAUCCGAAUCGAUAAAGAUGACUUUUCAGGCGUCGUUCAGUCAGCCUGACGCCGACAUUGGCGCAGUUCUGCCGGUUAUCGUCGCCUGUUUCACGCCGGGCCCGCUUCUUCUUGGCGCCGCUGUCCAUCUGACGCUCAAGAAACUCCGCCAGCGAAAGCAGAGGGUUCGUUUGGGAGAAAAAUAAGAAAAUGCAUUGAAAAAACGGAUUUUGAGGAAUAGUUCGUUGAGAAAAAAGAGAUGAAGCUUGAUCAGAAAAUUCACUUGGUUUGAUGAGACUAAAAAUUGAGUUCAGUUUUGUGUUGAUGAGUUCUAAAUGCUGAUAUUGGACAGAAAAAAAAACUUCUUAAAAUUCAUAGGAAUUUACGCCUUCUCAAUAUCUCCCGAGUAAGAGGAAUUUUCAAACUCGGGUUUUUAAAUCCUUCAAAUGAGAACAACACCAUAGGAGCGGAUAAAUUAAGAAGUGAACUUUCGGCUCUAAAAGAGACGACUUUUUUGUUCCUAUAGUUAAAAAUUGCAAAAAAAAACUCGAUUGCAUUUUAAAAGAGGUUUAACGGCUGCGCAGCUGCUUACAUAAAAAAAAGCUCGAAAAAUUUUGAAAAGCUGACCCAAACCGCAGCGCGACCGCGACGCGUUAGGCGAUUUUUCCUGCGUUCGGAAAUUUCAGAGGAAAACAAGAGUAAGUAGCCUGAACUUUCAGGACGUCGACUGCGAGAAAAACGACGAGAAGAUGCAGCCAAACUCCCAGCCGAUGGUGAGCGUCCUGUCGCAGAACGAGCCCCUCCUCCUCAGCUCCAAGCCCAUCAACGAGAAACCUUGUCCUCUUUAA